ACUAUAAAAUAAACACCCAGAGCCUCAAAUCUCUUCACGUCUCCCUCUUUUCUUCAUAAAAUCAUCCUCUGCAAUUGUUUUUGUAGUCUAACAUCAGAAUUUGGUGACAGUCAACAUGGCUCUACUCACAGAUCUUAUCAACCUUGAUCUCUCAGACAACACCGACAAGAUCAUCGCCGAGUACAUAUGGAUCGGUGGAUCUGGCUUGGACAUGAGAAGCAAAGCAAGGACUUUGCCUGGACCAGUGUCUGAUCCUUCACAGCUACCAAAAUGGAAUUAUGAUGGAUCCAGCACAGGACAGGCUCCUGGUGAAGACAGUGAAGUGAUCAUAUACCCUCAAGCUAUUUUCAAGGAUCCAUUCAGGAGGGGUAACAAUAUCCUUGUCAUGUGUGAUGCUUACACACCUGCCGGUGAGCCGAUCCCAACAAACAAGAGACACGCGGCUGCUAAGAUUUUCAGCCAUCCUGAUGUUGUCGCUGAGGAGCUCUGGUAUGGUAUUGAGCAGGAAUACACUUUGCUGCAGAAGGAUAUUAAAUGGCCGGUCGGCUGGCCGGUUGGUGGUUUUCCUGGACCUCAGGGACCAUACUACUGCGGUGUAGGAGCUGAUAAGUCCUUUGGAAGAGACAUUGUUGAUGCCCAUUACAAGGCAUGUCUUUAUGCUGGGGUCAACAUUAGUGGCAUCAAUGGAGAAGUGAUGCCGGGCCAAUGGGAAUUUCAAGUUGGACCUUCAGUUGGUAUUUCAGCCGGAGAUGAAUUGUGGGUCGCUCGCUACAUUUUGGAGAGGAUUACCGAGAUUGCUGGAGUAGCCCUUUCUUUUGAUCCCAAGCCAAUUCCGGGUGAUUGGAAUGGAGCAGGGGCACAUACAAAUUACAGCACCAAGUCCAUGAGAAAAGAUGGAGGCUAUGAGAUCAUCAAGGAAGCCAUUAAAAAAUUAGGGUUGAGGCACAAAUUACACAUUGCUGCAUAUGGUGAAGGAAAUGAGCGUCGGCUCACUGGACGACACGAAACUGCCAGCAUAGACAACUUCACAUCGGGAGUUGCAAACCGAGGAGCAUCCGUUCGUAUUGGCCGAGAUACUGAGAAGCAAGGAAAAGGAUACUUCGAGGACAGGAGGCCUGCUUCGAACAUGGAUCCAUAUGUUGUGACUUCCCUGAUUGCGGAAACCACCAUGUUGUGGAAACCAUGAGCUGAUUUUCUGCCGGAAAUUUGAAACUUUGUUGCUUCUGAUAGAAGGAAGUGUGUUUGAGUAGGUGAACUUUCAAAAGUGUUUUAAAAAAGCCAAGGUUGUUUGGUAUUUCUCCUGCUAUUUUGGCAGUUGGCCCUUUUAUGGGAGGUGUAGCAAGGUUGUUGGUUUAUUGCUUCCUUGAAUUGUGUUGAAUAAUUUAAUGGUUCAGUAUCUAAUUAAUAACCAUUAUUGAUGGCAAA